GGUGACGUCGUCACUCAAUACCAAGGUCUGAAACUCCAGCGCCUAAGACUUGAAACCUUGGACCUCAACCAGUGAUCCUGGUGUUAGGGAUACAGAUUCGGGGACUUGUAUCCCGAACACCAAACAAAAUUCUUCCUCGCAUUUUGGGGCUGGGCCACAAACUAGACUACACUCCUAUUAGAGCCCAAAACUACCAAAAAUCGCGAAGGAAGACGCUGCUAGGGUUUAAGCUCUCUCUCUCUCUCCCUCUCUCUCUCUCUCUCUCGCUCUCCCUCCCCCACCUCCCCUAUCUCUCCCUCCCCUUUCAAGGAACAGAAAAGAAAAGCGAACAUGUCUCGGCCGGAGCUGCAAGCUCCACCCGAGAUAUUCUACAAUGAAGAGGAAGCUCGAAAGUACACUCGCAAUUCCCGAAUCAUGGAAAUUCAGUCGGAGCUCUCCCACCGAGCCCUAGAGCUUCUCGCUCUCCCCGACGACGGCGUCCCCAGGCUGCUCCUCGAUAUUGGUUGUGGGUCGGGGCUCAGCGGAGAUACAUUGUCAGAGAGUGGGCAUCAGUGGAUUGGUUUAGAUAUUUCCCAGUCGAUGCUUGAUGUGGCAUUGGAGAAUGAGGUUGAGGGUGAUCUUUUGCUCGGGGACAUGGGUCAGGGCUUUGGACUUCGUUCAGGAGUUAUUGAUGGAGCGAUAAGCAUCUCAGCCGUUCAGUGGUUGUGCAAUGCUGAUAAGUCAUCACAUAAUCCACGAUUACGAUUGAAGGCUUUCUUUGGAUCAUUAUACAGAUGCUUAGCAAGGGGAGCAAGGGCAGCAUUUCAAGUUUAUCCUGAAAAUCUGGACCAGCGCGAGUUGAUUUUGAGUUCUGCAAUGCGUGCUGGAUUUGCGGGGGGUGUCGUUGUUGAUUUUCCCAACAGUUCCAAGAAACGAAAGGAGUACCUUGUCCUCACUUGCAAUUCACCAUCUAUUACCACUUCUACUCCCAAGGGAAAAGGCGAAGAUGGCGAGGGUUCCACUGAUGAUGAGAGUAGUGAAGAUGAAGAAAAUCAGACAGUUUCAAACUCAGACAGGCACAGGCCGAGGAAAAAGCAGAAGACAAAUAAGAAAGGCAAGGGAAGAGAAUGGAUACUAAAGAAGAAGGAACAGAUGAGAAAAAAGGGAAAUGUUGUUCCACCAGACACCAAAUACACAGCUCGGAAAAGAAAAGCUCGAUUUUGAUCUUACAACCGGACUAUAUCAUACCGUUUUGGAGCGAUGGCUUUAGUGUUUGCUUUACACAGUUUGUACAGGCGUCUACGAAGGCAUUACCAUUUUCUCUUCAGUGCUGGAAGGUGCCGUGUAAAGCAGAUUAUAAACAGAUCUCUCCGGGCAACGGAUCUGGUUGUUAUAUGAUUCAGUCCUGUAACCUUAACUAGUUUAAGAAAAGAGACUUUAUUCUGUUUUAAGACAAUCUCCAACAUAAAAUUACCAAAUGCUAAAUGUUGUUUACGUAAAGUCUAGACUUAUGUUUUUGGCUUUCCUUGUCAAUAAUGUAAUACAUACCAUGCAUGCACAAAUUAGUUUGAGGACAUUGCACAAAGGGCUAAUAUUGUUGGAAAUAUUUACUCAAGGGUUUGGGCCACUUCAAA